AUGCCCAAACCGACGACAUGUCCCUUCCCAGGCUCCCCUCUGUGGCUGGCAUCCGUUGCUCUGAUGGUGCAGUCGGUGAUCUCCACUUCGUCGACCUACCGGAGACCUGCACCGGGCGGCGGGGGGAAGAGAACAGGGUUAAUGGAGAGGACGCUGAUUCUGCUGGACGUCAACACCCGCAGUCCAGUACAAGUUCUUAACGACAACUUCCUCUCUUUACAGUUGGAUCCGUCCAUUAUAAAGGACGGGUGGCUGGACUUCCUGAGUUCCAAGCGUUUAGUAACCCUAGCCCGAGGUCUGUCCCCAGCCUAUCUGAGGUUCGGAGGAAAGAGAACCGACUUCCUCCACUUCCACAACCUGAAGAACCUUGCCAAGUUCAGAGGCCCCGGCCCAGAUUACUACCUAAAGAACUACGAAGAUGACAUAGUGCGUAGUGACAUCGCCCUGGACAAACAGAGGGGCUGUAAGCUGGCCAACCACCCUGUCAUGAUAAACACAUUUCAACUAGAAUGA